AUAAUAUUUAUUACUGGGAAAGUCCCAGUUCAGUCAUAUUUCCACCGACAGUAACUUAUAUAUUUUGGUACAAUUGUUUCAUUUAAACUUCAUUCAUUUACCCAGGUGCAUUGAGGUAAUAUUUAAACAAUGCAAUUGAUCGAUCAUUUUCAUCUCAAAAGUUGAUAUAGAGGACGGGAAAGGAGUCGACAAAAAUGAACUGUUGAUGUUCUAGUGCCAGCAGCCAUUCGGAAACAUCCACGAAACGGGCCUGGGAGAGGAAAUUGCCGAAACUUGAUUGCUUUAUAAUUUUUUCCCCAGGAGUUUCUUUGAGCCGAGGAAUGUUCGGAAAUUGGAUUAGGUCGGGUUGAGGGGCUGCCGGAGGAAAACGGAGGACAAGGCGAUAAAUCCAAGGAACGUAACAUCUUGGCAACCGGCCGACCCUUCUUUGCAUAAAAUCGACAAAACCGAGGAUGAAAAGUCACUACAGAGGCCAUAAAAUGGCCGUCUGGCUCAAUUUAAUACCCCAACUCCACCAGCCUGGAGAGCAGGAUGUCAGCAUGAGACACCACCACUUUCACGAAAGAGCAAAUCAUUUUUAUGCAGGCGCAAUUCGGGCGGAAUCGUUCACCCGCAUACCGCCGACGGUCGGUGGAAGCACGACGAACCCCGGGAUACCGCUUGAAUGUCCGCCGAACGUGACAGGUUCCAGCGACGAACCCAUGGGACUCUCGGACAUCGUUGCGAGCGGUGGCGGUCAGAAACCUGUCGAAGAAGAAGAGGAAGAAGAAGACGAGACGGAUCUACUUCAACGACACUACUACAGCACUUCGACAGCCCUCGGAGUCACCGUCGGCGUCGGAUGCCUUCUUCUCGUCUUGAACGCCGUCAUCUUCUCGGCCAUCUACUACCAGCGGAGGCGAAGAAAACGCAGAGAAGCUGAAGAACUCGAGCAAGUCGAAAUCAAAACCCUAUCUGACGCCACGUCCAACGCCAUCCCCUUGAAACAACCGCCGACACCUCCUGUCAGGACGUCCAGUGUCCCCCCUCCGGGAACGGUGAAAAAAAGGGUUCAGAUACAAGAAAUAUCAGUGUGACUUCCGUAAAAAGAUAUUUUUAGAACGACUGCUUGUGCAACCUUGUUUUAAAUGUAAUAAAAUAAAUUAAUAAAAGUCGAGACAGUUUUAAAAUAUAAAAAUUAA